GACGCCCGGCACCGCGCCGCUAGCGAGCUCCGCGAACCCGCCCGCGUGCACCGAGUGCACCGCCACACGCGUCCGUCGGGGACCUCUCUCCGUCUCUCUCCCCCGCCCGCGCGCGCGCGCGCGUGUGUGUGUGUGUGUGUAUGAGUGAGUGCGCUGAUUAGUGUCUGAAAUCGAAAAACAACGACUUCGUGUUUGUGUGGUGGUGUGUUUUGGUGGAAAAGUGCGUGUGUGUGAGAGUGAGUGAGGUAGAGCGAGUGGUGGUGUGCAGUGAAGUGCAUCUAGUGCGGAUUGGAUACCUUGCCGCCGAGCACCCCAAUGCGGUGUGAGGGAAAGGAUACAGGAUGUCGGAGAAGUGUCGAAUCAGCCCUGGCAUGGCGCCGCCACGGACGUCGAGGAGUCCCUGCAGGACGUCCGCGCUCCUGUUUGCACUGGCGGUGCUAGUGAACAGUGUAGCGGGCGCCCAGCUGCCCCUGUCUGUAACAACAGCGACUCCAGCCGCGCCAGCGACGCCGGACGCGGUGCAGGACGUUCGCAUCGACUGCAACAGCAACGAGAUCGCCGUGUCCAUCGGCGGCGACGUGGGGGUGGACGCCCACUCCAUGUUCGACGGCAUGGUGUACCCGCGGGGGCUGUCCAAGAACUCGUCCUGCCUGGCCGAGUUCCGCCGCCACCGCGGACCGCUGCGCUACCGGCUGCCCCUGCGCUCCUGCAACACCAUGAGCACCGACCUGAACGACGGCGGCGUCGAGUACUUCAACACGAUCGUGGUGCAGCCCCACCGGAAGCUGGUGACGAACCAGGGGCGCGGCUUCCACAUCCGGUGUCGCUACCAGACGAGGGACAAGACCAUCUCCAACGCCGUCAACGUCAGCACGGCCGAGCCCACCCCUCUGACGGCCACCGCGCCCAUGCCGGGCUGCAGCAUGAAGAUCUUCUACGGCGACCCCACGCAGAAGGAGGUGGCCGAGAACGUGAAGAUCGGCGACCCGCUGACCCUGGCCAUCCACAUCGACGACCAGCCGCUGUACGGCCUGCGCAUCUCCGACUGCCUGGUGCGCGACGGCCUCGGUUGGGGCGAGCAGCGCCUCAUCAACGCGGAAGGGUGCCCCGUGGACAACGAGAUCAUGGGCCAGUUCGAGUACUCCGAGUCCAAGACGCUGGCCCAGGUGCGCUUCCAGGCGCACAAGUUCCCGUACACCGCGUCCGUGUACUACCAGUGCAACGUGCGCCUGUGCCUCAAGGCGGACAACGGCUGCGACGACUCGCCUCCAGCCUGCGACGGCUCCCGACGGCGGAGGCAGGCCGCGGACGGCGCGGCGCCCAAGGACGCCGAGGACGGCAGCCCCGCCACCAUCGAGGUCUACUCGGGGCUGUACGUCAACGAGGCCAACGACGCCAACAGGGCCGACCUGCUCGACGACGUCUCCAGGGAAAGGGCGUCGGACGACCCCAACAGCAUCUGCAUAUCGCAGCGCAGCUUCGCCAUCGGCAUCGCCGUGGCCGGGCUGGUGCUCAUGCUGGCCGUGCUGGCCGCCAUCCUGAUCCUGCUGGCCAAGCGGCGGCGCAAGACGGCCUCCACCAGCGGCUCGUCGAUCUACUCGGGGCCCUACACCAACACGGCGUACAGCCGGAGUAGCUAGUUCGGAGUUGCAGUUAGGCCUGGCCGAACCGAACCGAACCCAACCGGACAGCUCCGGGCACUCUGGGGUUGUCUUGCCCGGCCACAUGCCAGACGCCAGGCUGCCAGCCAGCCGGGCCGCCAUCGGGCCGCGGCGCAUCAGCCAUACGAGUCGGGCCGGGCCCAGCCUAGCCCAGCCCAGCCCAGCCGGGCCGAGGGCCGGGUCAAGCAUGAGGAUCUAAGUCAUCGCACCAAUAGGCAUGGUCUGGAAAAGGCUUUUGUUCAGCAACAGAAUCUAGAAUAACAACAAUUUUUAUUUUUUAUUUUUUAGGGUGUAUGUGUGUGUGCGCGCGUGCGUGUGUGAUUGUCAUAUGCUCCUUUCUUACACUAUUGUUCUUCAACAGUGGUGUCAUUUUUCUUCUUCUGAAUAUUGUGAUAUACCUGUAGGUGUGUGCUAUCUGUUCUUUUUUUUUUGUGCUGAUGUUGCUGAAAUGACUGCCUUUUCUGGUUGGUUGUAACUGCAGUCCUCAUCGUGUGUAGCUUCUCUCGAUCCUGCAGUUGCUGAUUGUAAUUUUUGGGGGUAUGACUUUUGAUGGUGUUGGUCGUGUUAUUUUCUUAUUGAAAACAGAAUUAGUUGGAGUCAACUGCAGUGAUUGAUGAAGUGGAUGAUGUUUGCUGGUUACAAAACCACAAGACAAUUAAUUACUUUGUAUGAAGUUGGCAGAAAUUCAAUUAGCCCUGCAAUUAGUGUACUGAAAGCAGCCAACUUACUCAAAAUACCAAGUGCCACCAUGUAGCAAACUGCCAAUUUAUUAUUGGUAAGGGUCUUUUAAAUCAUUGUUUUGUUCAUGACUGUUGGUGUUCCCUAUCUCUUUUAAGCUUUUAAGUCUCUUCUCUUUUAAUUCUACUGUAUGCUCCUUUAUUGAUGCUUCAAAUGCACUGUGAUGAACUGUCAGCAAAGUGAAUAGGUAACAAAAGGGAUGAAAUUUCCUUCAAAUUACUCCCACAAAGUACCUAAUAUAUGUUAUAAGGACCAUACAAUGGGAAAAUAAUCACUUCUGUAGGUAUUAGUUGUCAAGACCAGCUGUACAAUUUUCAUUGGACAGACCUAUUUUCUGCUCUGUCCUUCCUUUUAUUUUUUGAAAUUUCUCAACUGCAUACUUUAUGUACUCAGAUUUAUGGAUAAAAAUUAAGGGGAAAUCAACAAAAAAAAUUAUGAUGAAAAGUCAUCAGACUUUGGAUGAGACCAAUUUUUUUUGGAUAUGGCUCAAUACCUUUAAGCUCAAUGGGAGCAACAUACUAAUACCUACAGUUUGAUCUUAGACUGCAGUGCUGUUUAAAGUGAGAGAACUGUAAUUAAUGCAUGUUUGUUCUUGACUCACUGUGCCAUAAGGGGCAUGAGAUGUAACAAAACACGUUUCAUGUUUACAUCAAAUUAUUUCUCCCUAACUAAUUAACAUAAACUAAAGUUUAGUGGAUUUAGUCUAAGUAGAUAGUAUGUUAAAGACCAACAAGUAACAUUUGACAACGGCUUCUUCUUUUUUUUUUAAAGAAAAAUUUAUUACUAUUUGCUGAUUGUCAUCUGUUAUCAAGGGACAGCAAGUUUUUCCCUGUCCAAUGAAGGCUCAGCUGUCCCUGGUUGACUAUUUGUCUUUAAGUGUCUUUUUAGUUUGGAUAGAAGCUGCCCUUCCCAGAAUUCAGGAUAAUUACAAGUUGGCAUUUCACAAAUACUUUUCAAACUCUUAGCUUUACCAACAGUUUUGUUUUGCUGCCUUUUUUGUGAUUUAAACACCCUUCUCUGCUUUGAAAAAAUCUAUGUGAUGUGCUACCCUAUCCUAUUUGCAUAUGGGGUCAAGGUGGUGGAAUCAAUCUGCGAUAUUAUUGAUAGAAAUGGAAAUUUUAGCUGCCUGCCUUACUUUUUCAUUGUUGCUAUGUUUUUUUUUUUUUUAACAAGUCUUUUUUUGUACAAGUUCAGUACUUGAAGCAUUCUCUAAAUUGAAUUAAUUUUUACAAAACCUGUGGAUAAGUAAGGCAGGUUUGUCUGCAUAGUUAAGGUGAUGUGGCACUAGUUACGUAAUUUGGCACUGGUUCAUAACUCCAACGAAAUAAUUUAUGUUUGAAUGAUUGUGGAUAUUUGUAAGAUAAAUGUAUCUGACGGAACACAGAAUAAUUACACUGCUGUGUUUGUAUUAAGAUCUGCAUCUGUGAUGAAAUUAUUUACUUGUUAAAAUCUUUCUUUAAAUUAUGUUUAAGCUACUUGAAACUUUUUAAAUGAUUGUUUUUGUUGACUUUAAAGUCCAAAUUAAAGUUUUUUUAAAUUUAUAUUUAUGUUUUUAUAAAAUACAGUUUCCAUUCGAUUUUGUUGGCUAUUUAUCUUCAAAUGUGUUUCUUGUUGUGAAAUUUCUUUUAAUGGUGUAUAUUUUGUUACCAAUUUUGGAAACUUCCAAUGCCCAAUAUUUCAACGCCAUUUCAAUGUAGCUAAAGGUUCUCAGAGAGAAACCAAACAAGCAAGGUGGCUGAAUGUGUGUAUGUGUGUGUGAGUGCAUGUUUUUGUAUGACAAGGAGUGAAAUUUUAACACAUUUUGAGUGGGGAUCUGGACCUUUGCCUGAGCUAUAAUUGAAUCUACUGGUUUGUACAUAGUAUAGGGAACAUGAGUUAUAAUAAUGAGCUAGUAAAAAUGUCACUGACCAUUUUUACUAUUUAUGGAAAAGUGAGUAAUAAAAGAAAAGAUAUUGGACUGCAAUUAACAAAUUUUCACACUAAAGUCCUAAUGCAUAAUGAGUAAUAUACCUCCAAGCACCACAGAAAAGAAGAAAAAAAUGGUCCUUCUGGUGCUUACAUUUUGAAGUAUUGAGGUCAUCCAGCUUCUUGAACUUGUGUAUUUUCAAAAAACUGUAUUUAAUAUUAUUUCUCAGUGUGAAUGAAUGAAAUGUUGAAAUCUGCCAUUUUUUUAUUUUUGUUUCCAAUUUGGCUCUACUUCCUACACUUAAGACCCUGGGAAGACUGCAGCAUCAAGAACUUACUGAAUUACUCUUUCAACUUGGGGAAAGACUUCCAGUACUUUGAUUCCAUGCUCAAAUACAAGAACUUGUCAAAGUCUGUAUAGAAUGUUUCCUGUCAACAAAUCUCAACUAUAGUUGUAAGCCUUGUUGAAAAGUGAGGAAUAAAGAUAUGGUGCUUAAUUUAUUA